AUGCGUAUUGAGGAAUUGAAAGGAGGUGAGGUUGAAGAAGGUGGAGAGGAAGGGAAAUGGAGCUUUGUUGGUUCCGAUACGAAGAGGGUUUUGGUUGGAGCGGGCGCUCGAGCGCUAUUCUAUCCUACGCUUGUUUAUAAUGUUGUUAGGAAUAGGCUUCAGGCUGAGUUUCGAUGGUGGGAUAAGGUUGAUGAGUUUGUAUUGUUAGGUGCGGUUCCAUUUCCUAUUGAUGUCCCUCGCUUGAAAGAUCUUGGUGUCCGUGGGGUCAUCACAUUGAAUGAGCCAUAUGAGACUUUAGUUCCAACCACAUUAUAUCAUGCUCAUGGGAUUGAUCAUCUGGUGAUUCCUACUAGAGAUUACUGUUUUGCUCCACCACUAAAUGACAUAUGCCGUGCUGUUGAUUUCAUACAUAAAAAUGCAUUGUCUGGACGAACUACCUAUGUCCACUGCAAAGCUGGACGGGGUCGCAGCACAACUAUUGUUAUUUGUUAUCUGGUGCACCACAAAUUGAUGUCACCUGAUGCUGCAUAUGAAUAUGUAAAGUCAAUUCGGCCGAGAGUGCUUUUAGCUUCCUCUCAGUGGCAAGCUGUCCAGGACUACUAUCGCCACCUUAUUGUGAGAAGGGUUGUCGGAUUUUCGCCUGCAGCUGAUCUAUUAGUAAAGGCUUCUGAGGUCGCAGCAGCUUCACAAGAUCUUGUAAAAUUUGAUGACAAUUCUGUAGUUGUGGUAACAGAGGAAGAUCUUGAAGGAUACGACCCAAAUUCUCAAUCAGUAACCAUGGCAAGUGAAAUAUGGGCAGAUUUGAGCGUUGUUUAUCGUGUGCGAGUUGCUGGAGAGGCCGCAUUUGCAAGGAUAUCAUGCCUUUGGCUGCGAUAUGGUACCGACCAGAAGAUUUCUGCAGAAAAACUAAGCAGAGAAAGCAGUUGCUCCAUAAGAACGAAUCACUUGGGAGGAAUUAGUGUUGAUAUCCACGUGUACUGA